CUAAUCUCUGUUUGAAAUCCACCGCGUAAGAAAUAAGCUAUAUAUAAGAGGACUAUGCGCCGCUCUGUGGAGUACAAAAUUCGAUGAGCGAAUGAAAGCCGGAAAAAAUGGCGGCGACCACCGCGCGAAUCACAGACAUCAAAUGCUUUUCUUCAGCCGAUCCAAGCUUCGGGCUAAUCUUCGUGAAAGCAAUCGUUAAGGCGAGGUACAGUAUCGCCUCCGCCGCGCUUGGCGAAUCCCGCGUGAAUCUCAGAUUCGAUCCCGCCUCAGUUUUGUCUUCCGAGGUACAAGCUUUUGCCUUCUUCUCUAACAAAUUGGCCGAAAAUCUCGGCCUCGAGUGUGCCCCACUCGCCGCCGCUAUGGCGCGCUCUGCUCUCCACGCGCGCGGCCCCGGGUUGCUGUUGAUGGCUCAGAUAGAGGUUAUAUUUGACAAGAAAUCUGGAAGAAGCAAAAGAUUUGAGUUUUUGACAGUGCCUAGAGUGGAGGAAGCUGGAGUUGCUGUUUAACAAUUAAAUGUAGAGACCCCCAAAUCCGACAUAAAGUUGAAACUAUGGGAACAGGAUUUAGCUUUGGAAUCAGUUGGAAUAGGCUCCAGCGAGACGACACUGAAAAAAUUAGUGCACGACAUGGCAAGCUGCUGUGACAAUUUCUAGGCAAUACCUAGAGCGCACAAACUGGACAACAAAAUCAGGGAACAUAUUAGUAUUUAUCUCCAUGACUAGGGAGCAUGGAAGAAUUUCUGUACCGUUUGACAAUCGAGAAUGAAGCAGAGGUUAGUCA